AAAUAAGAAAAACUAGGGAUGCCAAUUUGAACCUACAAUAGCGUGGGUAGGGGUAUGAGUAUCUACUUUUGAUCGUCCUGCCUCGUUUCGUUCUUUAGCUAUUAUAUCUCAAUUUCUUUCAAUAUCUAUUCAUAUUUCGGGAAAAUCCCAAUAUACACCAGUAAUUAAAAAAAAUCCCAAAAUACAUAAGUUAUAAAAAAAUUCCUCAAUCUACACAUGUUUCACAUUCACCGCCUUUGUCUAAGCCAAUCACCGUGUUAGACAAAUACAGUGAAUAAGUCACAGCGUUUAAUGAAGACGAUGAAGGAAUCACCGUUUUUAUCUAAAGCGGUGAAAUGUUCACCGCAUUUUACUUAAACGGUGAAGCAAUCACCAUCUUUGUUAACAACGGUGAAUUGAUCACCGUUUUUGUGCAAAGCGGGUAACACCUUCACCGCUGUAGUUUAGGGCGGUGAUAGUUGCCCACAUUUUCCACCCCUGGUAGGUGAGAGUUAGGUCACAACCACCUAAUGUUCACCGCCUUAGGGCAAGACGGUGAUUGCCUUCACCGCUACUGACAAACACGGUGAAUGUUGUCUGAUUUUCAUAUAAAUACCCCCACGAGCAGUUGUAAAAACGUAACCCCCCUCCCUCUUCAAAUUUCAGCAAAAAAAUCGAGCAAAAUACAUAGGAGCUAUUUUCGGUAUGAUUUAAUUUUAUAUUGUUAUAUAAUGAUGUUUUUAGUAGUUAUAUUUAUGUAAUGAAUUACUUAUCGUAGCAAAUAUGUUAUGUUAGUUGGGAAUUUAUGUUGUUGUUAGUUAUGAGAUGGAGUAAUAUUAGUCAUACAAUAUGGUUUUGGUUAAUUUUAUUGGAAUUAAGCUAAUAGUUACUUAUUGUAAAUUGUAGAUAUGGGUAAACGCAAGAAGUUUCAGCUUAUUAUUCGGUGCAAUGGAAGGGUGACAAACUCUGACAUUGGGAUUGAUUAUGAGGACGGUGAAUCCACUAUGUUGAAAAUUGAGUCGCGAUUCACAUGGCAAGAACUCUGUGACAUUUGUGCAUACAGGGUUUGUACGAGCAGACAGACGAGAGUUGGUAAAAUUACUUACCGGUAUCCAGACAUGAGUGCUGGCGGGGUUGUGUACCAAGAAGUUGUCAUAAACGAUGAUGACGCGGUUACGAUGAUGUUAUAGUUUCUAGGCGAUAACGGGAUGCGGCUUGCAGAGGUCUCUGUUGAGACCAAGGUGGUCGGUGAAACUCAUUCUCACCAGUAUUCUUAUGAUGAUUGUUUUGCGGGAGGGUACGUAUGGGGUGGUAGUUCAAGCAACUAUGAAGGAGGUGGUUAUACAUGAGGUUACGGAUUGGGUGGUAGUUCAAGCAACUACGGAGGAUGGGUGCCAUAGAAAGAAUACCCGCAACGUGAUGAACCUGCCCCAUUUUUUGAGGCCGUAGAGGUUCAAUGGCUUGCCUGGGGCCCAGAGUGGGCUGAAAUCGAGAAUACCAUUCGAUUUGGGUGUACUUCACAUGAGUGAGAAGACUAUGUUGGUGGUGGUGGUCAUGUUGAUCCUUCUGGCCCGAGCUAUCCAUUCGACUCAAGUGACGAUGAUACUGAGGAAGGUUUGAGAUCAAUGAGCGAAGAGGAAGAUACUGACGAUGCCGAUGACGAUGUGGCAUUUCGUGAGCCACUAACGCCAUGCUACGCACAUGUUCCAACUCAAUUUUUACAUAGUCAAAACGAUGCCAUAGACAUUGUCCCUAUGCCAGUGUAUAAUCCGAUGGCCAAUUUGGAGGUGGGUAUGGCGUUCACAUCGAAGGACACUCUGCAGGAUGCUUUUACCGAAGAUGCCAUGCGGCGCAAUUUCGAGUGGAAGGUAAAAUAUUCUGACAGUAAACAACUACAUGUCAUAUGCAAAAAUGUUGUAGAGGGUUGUAUGUGCAACUGCGAGCUGCAAAUAUGAAGAGAAAGGGUGUCUGGGUGAUUCGAAAAGCUGAGAACAACCACGCCUGCUCCUCGACUAUACUUUCUCAGGAUCACCGACAACUUAAAGCAAAGAAAGUGGCAAGAACUAUUAAGCACCUUAUUGAGGCACAACCAGAUAUCAAGGUCAAAGCCAUCAUGGCCGAGGUGAAGGAUCGACAUUCUUACACGAUAAGGUACAAAAAGGCAUGACAUGGUAAGCAGAAAGCCAUGGCUGAGGUGUAUGGUGAUUAGGAGGACUUGUAUGCUUUACUCCCUAAACUUAUGGCCGCUAUGGAGGAUUCCAACCCUGGGACUGUUUUCGUGCCUUCUUACAACAAUGUAUACACUAAGGAUCAAGUUCGAGUAAAGAAAAGUUGAUGUUUCACCGUCUAUUUUGGACUUUCAAACCAUGCAUUGACGAGUUUGCGUUCUGCAUACCAGUUACCUAGGUAUUUUAAUUACUAAUUAUUGUUAGAAAAGUUCAAUUUCCCUGCUAUGUGAAUUUCAUACUAAUUAGAUCCUAAUUUUCAAUUAGGUUGAUGGAACUUUCCUUAUUGGGAAGUACAAAGGCACUCUUCUCAUUGCCACUGGCGUUGAUGAAAAUAUGCGGAUUUUCCCACUUGCAUUUGCAUUAGUGGAAGGGGAGAACAACUUAAGUUGGGCAUGGUUCUUUGACCAACUACAUGAACACAUCACACAGCGGCAGGGUAUUACGAUUAUAUAUGAAUGACACGCGGGGAUUAGGAAUGUCGUGGGUGGUUUUCCUGACGAAUGGGGAUGGACAUGGCACUGGUGUAUUCGACACUGGCUUGCCAAUUUCCAGCACAAAUUUGGGAAGAAGAAAGACAUAAGAGAUCAAUUGUGGCAUGCAAAUACUAAUGUCUUUUAAUUUGAGUUAACUAUGCAUUUAAUAACUUUGUAUUUAUCAUGUAUUUACCAUUUAAUUUUGAUCACCUUGCAGCGGUUGCACAUCAACCAAAAAAGUAUGAGCAGAAGAUGAAGACGAUCCGUCAGGUCCACCGAGCGGGAGCAGUAUGGGCUGAAGGUCAAGACUUGCACAUGUGGAUGUUCCAUAUGGACAACGGGGCCAGAUUCGACAUUACAACUACCAACCAUGGCGAAAGUAUAAAUAGAAUGUUCAAGGACCUUCGAGCGAUGCUUGUUUCUGUCAUAGUUGAGAUAUCAUACUGGAAGGUCAACGAGUGGUGCGUGAAGCGGCUUCAGCUAGCUAUAUGGAGGGAACUCUCUGGUCAUGCGAUAGCACAUAACGUCUUUGAUCAAAUGCAGAAGAACGAAGAAAAAUCAAGUAAGCAUAAAGUUGUUCUUUUUGACCGCAGUGAAGGUAUAUUUGCAGUCAAAACAGGUAUAUGGGGUGGAGGGAGACGUGGCCACAAUCGUCUAACCGUCACUCUACACUGAGAAAGCCUAAACGGGGAGUGUACAUGUCAAAAGUAUCAAAACACAAGAAUACUUUGUUCACAUGCAAUGGUAGUAGCUAAGUCAAUAACCAUGAGCCCCCACAUUCUGGUGAGUCCGUACUUCAAUGAACAGGCGAUAAGGAACUCAUAUGAUGCAGCUGUGAGCCCCAUGCCAGAUGAAGAGUAUUGGCCUAUAUACAGUGGGAAGUUGAUUAUCCCACCGUUGCUCCUAAAGAGCACCAAGGGUCAUCCUAGGACUCAAAGGAUUCACAAUGAGAUGGAUCAAGUGCAACGCCCGAGGUGAGGGCCGAAGCGAUGCUCCAAGUGCAGACAACCUGGGCAUGACAAGAGGCGUUGCCCAGGACAACCUCUCCAGUAUGAUGCGGAAAUUAAUCAGGACCAACCUUGAAAGUGAUCUAUCUAUCUUAAUUUUCAUUUAAAUUUGUUGCUUGUUUAAUGAUUGUAAUGAUAUUGGAAUGAAGAUCUAUGAGCAGUAUGUUGGAAUGAAUUUAAAUCCAAAUA